AACAGCACGCUCUCCCUCUCCCCGACGGCUGCUAGCUAGCGACAACAGAUCGACGGCAACACCGAUGGGCGAGGCCAACGCCACAGGCACGCCAGCCACCGCGACGGUGCGCGUGCUGGCCGUGUCGCGCGUCGCGCCGGCGCCGGCGCCGGCAGCGGCGGACCCCGUCGUCGUCAAGCUGUCCUUCUUCGACACGCCCUGGGUCGUGCUGCCGCCCAUCCAGCGGGUGUUCCUGUACGAGCUGCCUGGUGGCGACGGUGAGUUCACGGCGGCAGUGACGCGCCUCAAGAGCUCCCUCGCCGCCACGCUGGCGGUGUACCUGCCGCUGGCCGGGAAGCUGGCGUACGUCGCCGGCACCGGGGACGUGGUCGUGGACUGCGUCGACGACCCCGGGGUGGCCUUCGUCGAGGCGGAGGCGGACGCCGGUAUCGACACCAUGGACGUCCGCCGGCUGGCGAGCGACGAGGCGCACGACAUCCCGGCGUUCCUAGCGCUGGUACCGGAGCUCCCCACCAAGGUGCUCCCGGCGCCGGUUCUGUCCGUGCAGGCCACGCGGAUCCCCGGCGGCGGCCUCGCGCUCGGCCUCUCCGUGCACCACGCCGUCGCCGACGGCCAGGCCGUGUGGAGGUUCAUGGGCGCCUGGGCCUCCGCCGCCCGCGACGGAUCCCCCGUCACCAAGUCCCUCCCCGCGCCGCACUAUAGCCGGGAGGCCGUCCACGUCCCCAACGGCGACGAGUUCGCGCGCCAGAUGCUCAAGAUGGUCGCGCCCAACCUGCCCGCGGCGGGCACCGUUGCGGACUACGACUUCAGCCAGCGCUUCCGCCUGGCGCGCCGGACGUUCUACCUCGGCGGCGACGACAUCAGGGCACUGAAGCUCCGCAUCUCCGCGCUCGCCGAGGCCGAGGCCGAGGCCGAGGACGACGUCGUCGCCGACGGCAGAAGCAAGAAGAAGCCGGUGUCGACGUUCGUGGCGCUGUCGGCGCUGGGAUGGACGUCGUUCGUGCGGUGCAAGGGCCUGGGCGCCGGCGACGACACGUACCUGGUGUUCCUGGCGGACCUGCGCGCGCGCAUGGACCCGCCCGUGGCGGACGGCUACCUGGGCAACUGCAUCAAGGGGUGCCUGGCGACGGCGGACGCCGGGGACCUGCUGGGCGAGCGCGGCCUGCUGGUGGCGUGCCGCGCGAUCCAGGCGGCGGUGGCGGAGAUGGAGGCGGCGCCGCUGGCCGGCUCGGAGCGGUGGAUCCAGAAGAUGAUGGGGCUGCCGUUCGCGCGCCUCGCCAACGUGGCGGCCAGCCCGCGGUUCCGCGUGUACGAGGCGUCCGACUUCGGGUUCGGCCGCCCCGCGCGCGUGGAGCUCGUGUCCAUGAACAACGACGGCGAGAUGGUGCUCGUCGGCGGCAGGGGCGACGGCGAGGUGCAGCUGUCCGUGUCGCUGGACCCCGCGCGCAUGGAGGACUUCAAGGCGCACGUCUUCGCCACCUCCGCGGCGCCGUCGGACUCAGCGGCGGCGGCGGCCAACUGAUCGAUGGAGGCAGAGGCGUGUGGUGGACGAGAGGCAUACGGAUCAUGUGAGCAGAUUAUGCAUGUGUGCAGCUAUUGUCGAUCGAACGAAGUAUUUUCCACGAACAACAAAAAAAAAACCAA